AUGAGCGGCGGCAAGGAACGGAGUGUCAGUAGUAGUGACACUUGUCGAAGGGAGUUAAGCGUGACUUUCAAUUCAGUCACCAUGGGUUCGCUGGAAAACACCACUAGCUCCGGUAAGCAGUGUACCGACACCACCGCCUACGACGACCAUGAUUCCGUUAGCCACCGUCGGUCGCUGAGUGAGUCAAGGGAUGAGGAUUGCAAGACAACAGCAGUUGAUAGAUCUUGUGAAUCCAACAAAAGAAUUAAAGCUUCAUCUGUACACAACCAAUCUGAAAGGAGAAGGAGAGAUAAGAUCAACCAAAGAAUGAAGGAAUUGCAAAAACUGGUCCCAAAUUCCAACAAGCAGACAGAUAAAGCUUCGAUGCUGGACGAGGUUAUCCAAUAUAUGAAGCAAUUGCAAGCAAAUUUGCAGAUGAUGAAUUGGAUGAAAAUGAUGAUGGUACCAAUCACCAUGCAACAUCAACAACUUAAAAUGUGUAUGAUGAUGGCUCAGAUGGGCAUUGGAAUGGGAAUGAGUAAGGAUAUGGUUAUGAAUAUGAACAACAUGAACAUUGCCCCCAUGCUCCACCUUCCUCCCUUCGUGCCUAUGCCUUCAUGUGGUGAUCCAUUACAAGGAGAACCAGAGAAGUCCAUGACAAUGGAUGCAUACAGUAAAAUGGUUGCUCUGUAUAAUCAGAUGUAUCAUCCUCCAGAUUCUAGUUCCAAGAAAUGA